AUGUCCCUCACUUUCAAGUAAGUUCCGACAGACGAUUCGCAACCAAACACACACACAGUUGCAAAUCGUCGCUUCUCUUUUCAGCACUUCGUUCAUCAAAUGGGUGGCGCCGGAAGGUCAGGCGAGCAUCAAAGUGAUCAACGAAUCGCAGCACCGUUUCGCCAUCAAGGUCAAAACCACCAAUGUCGACACCUACACGUAAACUUUUUUAGAUCUGAAAACUUCUGGAAAACCGGUUUCAGCACGACGCCAAACGUGGAUUUCAUCAAUCCCGGAUUCACUUUGAACCUGGUCGUGUGCCGCAAAAAAUCGAUGAUGAAGGACGACAAACUGGCCAUCAGUUAUUUGGAGGUAUCCAUAAAUUCAACAUAACUUUCAACUUUUUUGUACCAUUACUCUUGAGAUCACUGUAGCUCACCCAAUAAUGCCAAUUUCUGACCCUUCACUUCCAUGAGCUACAGUCAGCUUGAAAGUGGUUGUACACAAGUACUAGGCGUGAAGAUUUCUUCUGAAAAUGUUGGCAACGAAUGCUGCUCUGCAAUGCGCACUCAAAGUUCCUUCAUUUUCGUCGAAACCACAAAACCGAACGUUCUUUUCCAAUCUGCAGUGCACCGCGAACGACACGGACGCUGUGGAGGUGUUCAAACAGCCGGGCGCCCGUCCGAACGUCUUCAUGAUCAGUAUGAAGUGCGAGGGUGCUCCGCUGCCGCCGACUCCAGCUGCUCCGCCCACUCUCACCGGUCCGUGA